ACAUAGCGCAGGUUUGCACUUCCUAUUAGCUUGGGAAAGAUAGCGGACGAGCGGUCAAAAAAUAUCGAUGUAUUAAUGUAAAAAUUAUUGUACAUUUGCUCAGGAACGUGCUGUUUUGGAGUCUCUAAGGUCCAUAUUUGGGAGGCGAAAAUGAUCCGCUUUAUCCUCAUCCAAAACCGAGCGGGGAAGACGCGACUGGCUAAAUGGUACAUGCAGUUUGAUGACGACGAGAAACAGAAGUUGAUUGAGGAAGUGCAUGCUGUGGUUACUGUCAGAGAUGCCAAGCACACCAACUUUGUGGAGUUCAGGAACUUCAAGAUCAUUUACCGGCGUUAUGCUGGGCUGUACUUCUGUAUCUGUGUGGAUGUGACUGAUAAUAACCUGGCAUACCUCGAGGGAAUCCACAACUUUGUAGAGGUGCUGAAUGAGUAUUUCCACAAUGUGUGUGAGCUGGACCUUGUGUUCAACUUCUACAAGGUGUACACGGUGGUGGAUGAGAUGUUCCUGGCGGGAGAGAUCAGGGAGACCAGUCAGACGAAGGUCCUCAAGCAGCUCCUUAUGCUUCAGUCACUCGAGUAAAAAAAGAAAAAAAAAGUCAACAACUGUCUUUCUUACCUGGCCACAAAUCCGCUGCCCUGGCACCCAAAACAUCCUGCUCCUUGUUUCUAUCACUCUCAAAUGGACAUUCAUCAUUUUCCUGUCUCUGAAGAGCCAACAUUUACCAGGACUUCAAAGGAAGUGGGGUUCUGGGUAUUUAGUCAAGAUGAUUAAUAUUGUUUACAUAUGGAUGCUAGUCCAAUUAAUCUUUUGUCAUAAGUCUGUAUGUUGCAAUAUUCUGCACUCGUCUUACUGCUAAGGAUGUCAUAGAGUAUGAAAGCUAUACAGCACAUUUCAACAUGUUAACAUUUCAUAUACUGCCUUAGUUACAAUCAGCUGUAUUCUGUUUUUCUUCUCCCAAAAGCCAGUGGCCAUAGAAAUGAGUUAUUCCUGUAGUAACCAGUUAGUAAUUGCAUUUAUCGCUGUGCAGUGUAGAAACAGGUGUGACACUGCUCUGUUCUGCCCUCCUCUCAUUAACCUAAACAUUUAUUUAAUGGCACUACUGUGACUAACAAGCACCAUAGAGACUGCCUAUCAUGACCCAUGUGCAUUGAGAACUUAGAAUAGCUUUGCAGCCUUUUCUAUAAAUCCAUGUUAUGCAGGAUCUUGCAACUUUUAUGGUAUUCAUCAUGGCUGCUGUGCAAUUUAUCUGUGAACUGGAGUACGGGCAAACUACAAAUAGAAAUCUCUUCAGACCAGUUGACCCAGCACAGCAAGUUCAUAAUUGAAUGGAGUGUACUUGGAAUGAGUGCCAUUCUGACAAUGUGUUAUUGCAGCCUGUGCUGUCAGACAUCCUCAUUGCUGAUGGUGGUCAGUAGUAUAGGUUAUGUUACAUCAGAUGGUUGCAUUAUGGAUGUUGUAAUGAUUUCUGUUGCUUUAAAAAUGAUCUUGAUCAUUUAAUGCAACUCAUUACAUCAAAUGGUGCUGGUUGGUUACUCUCAAAAACACUUAAAACAAUACCUGGAUGUAGAAAGUAUAUUUUACAUAAAUCGGUGCUGUGAAAAUUGCUUUGUAUGGUGUGUACAUACAAUGUAGGCUGUGUUGAAUAUUAUGAAAUGAACAUGUGGUUCCUGCUCACAGAAUUUCCAUACAUUCCUUUGGCAUUGCAUAAAAUGAGUUUAAAUUCCUCUUAGAGACCUCUUAGUCUGACCACAAAAAAAAAAAAAAAAAUUAUUCAUGCCCCUUUGCUCAGCCUAAAUCUUUGACAUGGUCAGACUCCAAUUUUAACCAUAUCCUUUUGCAGGUCUCAAAGGUGGUUUCAUGUAUUCAAUUUUUGUAUUUUUUUUUUUAAUGAUUAGUGAAAUAUGUAAUGCUUCCCUUCUUGUCCACCUGUGUGUUGAUGGAAAUGAUUUGUGUAGUACGGUCUCCAUUCACCUAUCUCAGUACCUCCCUUUUUGUGUAAAUAAUAAACAGAUGAAGUAAA